CGGACGAAACGGCUUCGGUAACCGUCUGUACUCAUCGACAAGGGUUGUUGCCUAACAAAAGGAAAAGAGUGGAAGAUUUCGGAAAACAUUAAACGAAAAUUGUCUUUCACUGGCAUUUACGUCAACAAAAGCUUCCAGUGAUUAACUACCGAGAGUCAUGUCCGUGGGGUGUCGUGUUGUCCGGGGUCCUGACUGGACAUACGGCAACCAGGAUGGCGGAGAGGGUCAUUUAGGCACCGUGGUGGAAAUAGGUAAGCCCGGAAGUACAAAUCUGCCAGAGAAAACUGCUGCUGUAAUUUGGGACUCCGGAGGAAGAGGGACAUACCGUGCAGGGCAAAACGGAGCGUAUGACCUACGUAUUUUUGACAAUGCAACCACAGGUGUCAAUCACCCAAACAUCGUCUGUGGUUCGUGUGGGCAACCGGUCAUCCAUGGAAUGAGAUGGCACUGUACGGUCUGCACCGACUCGCAUCUGUGUACCGUUUGCUACAUGGCCGACAAGCAUGACCUGACUCACCCUUUCCGGAGGUUUGACACAGCCUCUUCUGAAGGAGAAGCUGUGCCUAAAAGGGAAGGCUGUACAGAGAUACAGGCUAAAGGCAUCUUUCCAGGGGCCAAGGUCGUCAAAGGUCCAGAUUGGGAAUGGGAAGACCAAGACUGUGGCAUAGGUAACAUAGGACAAGUGACAAGUGUAGGGUGUUGGGCCAGGGGGCUGACGUCCGUGAGGAGUGCUGUGAAGGUGAAGUGGUCUUCAGGAUCCACUUACGGAUACAGAGUUGGCCACGAGGGCAAAGUGGACCUGGUAUACAUUGAGGAAGAAUCGGGGGGAUCUUACUACAAAGACCAUCUACCUGUGCUAGAUCACACGGCAGAAGUAGCCCCGUCUAGUGGAAUACCACGGGAGUUUAAGGUCGGUGAAAAGGUCAAAGUUGAACUGGGUAAGGACCGUUUCCAAUCUAUGCAAGAAGGUCACGGUGCCUGGAAUCCAAGGAUGGCUAGUUACAUUGGUAAGAUAGGCACUGUUCAUGAUGUGAGCACUCAAGGGGAUGUUAUAGUGCGUUAUGAGGGACUAACUAGAUGGUGGUUGCAUCCAGAAACUUUGACAAAGGUAUAUAGAAUGAAUGUGACAACACUCAGGUCGUUGUAGUGAAGUUGUUCAUUGAACGGAUAUGUAAUGUACUUGAAGGCACUAGGUGCUGCAGGAUGAGAAUUUCAUAACAUUGAUAUAGGAAGCACUCAUCGGUGCAGUGUAUCGGUGGUACAGGUUGGUAUCGGGAGGAUUUUAGUCACACUGAGUCAUCUGCCAUGUUCCUUGAUGUAUCAGAACAAAGCGUUAUAUUCACCGGAAGUUUUAGGCCGCUUUAGGCCGCUUAAUUUCAGAACUAUAAAACAAUGAAGAUGAGCACCUCAACCUUCCGUUCAUUAACCACACAUAAUUUGCGAAUAUACUGAAGUAGAAAAUCCGUAAGCUAAUACCAGACCAUGGCACGUUGGGAGCUGGCUAUUCAAAGUUGCUUAGAUGAUUUGCUGGAAAUCUUGUGACUUACUUACCGCAAUGGGCUGGCGUUAUGACUCGACCCGCCACUGCGAAGGUAUCCACCUCUUAAACACCAGUCAAACAAAGACAUAACGAUCUGAGGCAAGCAUAUGCUAUGUCCAAUCUAUACCGAAGAAGGAAAGUUCUAUUAGUAUAAUCAUGACACAUUAGUAAAAGCAUUGCCUGGCAGAAAGUUUCAUGCAUCUUUCUCUGGCGUGAUUACACUGAAACAUUC